UGCCGCCGCCGCCGCUGCCGCCGCUGCCCGCCCGCCGCCUCCACCGCCUCCGACUCUCACGCAGGGGACAGAACGGGACGGAACGACGCGGCACGACAAGGAGGGACGAGCGCGCCGCGCCAGUCGCGCUCGAGUCCGCGUAAACGAUCCACCACCACGUUCGACCGAGUGCUAGUGCAGUUCCGACCGCCGAGUCGCGCGGCCUUAUCUCGUUUCACGCGGUUUACACCCCAGCCUGGUGGUACCAACGGGUUCGGUAUACAUUAACGAGUAGAGACGGGGAACUACGGGCGCCACCUGCGCUCCUGCCGCGUGCUUGAGUCGAGCACCGUUUUUAUAUGCGAUAAUAGACAGCGGACUUCCUGUUGUAUAUUAUAAUACCUUUCAGACCGAAAUGUCAAACGAAUCGGGUGUAUUGUAAUCGCGGGGGUGAUAUAGAAGUAGAGGAAAAGGAGAGAUAGAUAGGGAGAGAGAAGAAGCAAGAGAAAGAGGGAAAGAUAGAGAAAGAGAGGGAAAUCUGGCGUUUGACGAAGGUCGCGUGCCAGGCGCACCGCGUCGCGGUUACCAGAGAGUCAAAGACGAGGAGGCAACUUUUAUAGCCCGUCUUAUUGCCGGGUUUUAUUGCGUCGUUACGAUUUAACGGUCGUCACUCUCCGCGUCGAGCGACUCUCCUCUGGCUCCAAACCACCGCAGCACCAGGGUGCUGGCUCAGCCGGCAACGUGGUACCGCGGCCGUCCGUUCACCGAUCGCUCGUCUAAUCGCCAGAAACGCGUCAUGGUGUCCAUUCCUAAUCGGCACUCGUAGUGGCCCGUUGAGUACCGGAGGGCGCCCGCCGAAACGCCACCGAGACUCUCUCGAAUUCUCGGUCGUGACCCUACCGCUCGGUGAAUUUUACGGCCACUUGAACGGUCCUUACUUGCCUCACGGAAUCCCCGCCACCUUCGCACCUUGCUCAUCUGGUUCACCUGUUCUCGUUCGAUCGCGGUUCCGUAGAGAGCCGUCGAGCCUCGCGAUUCCGUCGCGGUCCGUUGUACCAGCUUAUACUCAGGAGUGGAGAACAGCUGACCGUACAGACUAUUCCUCUAGCCGGGACCAAAGUCCCCUGGCGUUUUCUCGCCUUGGCGGAGGGAGGGUUUAAUAUUUCCAGUGAGGGUGUCCAGUGCAAGUGAUUCAAAAUACUAGGAAUAAUGAACUCGUACUUCGAGCAGACCGCCGGUGGCUUCUACGGUAGCCACCAUCACCAGACCGGGGCCGGGGCCCAGCACCACGACCCCGCAACGGCAGCCGCUGCCUAUCGCAGCACCUUUCCGCUCGGCCUUGGGAUGUCGCCGUACGCCUCGACCCAGCACCAUCAUCACACGUCCUCCUCCCUGGGCAUCCACCCCGGCGGCGGAACGAACACCAGGCCACCCCAGGACUCGCCGUACGACGCGAGCGUCGCGACGGCCUGCAAGAUAUACUCGUCGACCCCGGAGCACACAACCUCGUCCUACUCGUCCUCGACGGCGAAGGACUGCAAACAGCAGGACCAGUCGGCCCACCAGAACGGAUAUGCGGCCGUGAUGGCCGCGGCGGCCGUCAAGGACGUUUGGCAGUCGGCAACCUCAGCGGCGAACGGACAGAGCAACCCGGUCGUCAGGCCCUCCGCGUGCACACCCGAGGGCACGAGGGUCGGAAGCUACGGAAGCCUCGUGGGAGGCGAUCCUGCCUCGAGUCCGGGCAACAACGGCUCCUCGAGAUCGUUAGCCUCCUCCUGGAACACCUGCAGCCUCAACUCGGCGGCCAGCCAACCGGUCGCCACCCAGCUCCAUCAGCAACCCGCCGCGAAUCACACCUUCUACCCCUGGAUGGCCAUAGCAGGUAAGCAGAAUAUCUCGGAUGUAAGAUGUUAUAUGGAAACGUGGUUCAACCUCGGAGCCAACGGACUGCGCAGGCGCGGCCGGCAGACAUACACGCGGUACCAAACCUUGGAAUUGGAGAAGGAGUUUCACACGAAUCACUACCUCACAAGGCGGAGGCGAAUCGAGAUGGCUCACGCGCUUUGUCUAACGGAAAGACAGAUAAAAAUAUGGUUCCAGAACAGGAGGAUGAAGCUGAAGAAGGAGAUACAGGCCAUCAAGGAGCUCAACGAACAGGAGAAACAGGCCCAGGCGCAAAAAGCCGCUGCGGCGGCCGCCGUCGUUCAUCAACAACAGCAGCAACAGCAGCAAGGGGGUGGUGGGGGCCCAGAGGCGGGGAACUAGGGGUACGCCCUGCACCGGACACCCCCAGACCACCCGCACCAUCCUCUGCUAGCACCGCAAUGUACACAGCUAUAUUAAGGUGAGUGGAAGGCUCCGCAACGCACUAAAAACGCCGUAGUACCUAACUACCCACCCACCCACCUACCGACCCCCGUAAUGCCAAAUAAGUAUCGAUCGCAUCUAUCGAUAUAAAGAGACGAGGGCCGAGUGAUAAAUCGGUUGCGGCGAGUGGACUGCUGCUCCGGUGAGUGACGAAUCCCGGACUCCCGUAGCUCACAUGCCCAACACCCCAAAACCAACCGACCAACGUGUUCGGUCGACUCCUAUCGAUUCGCCGGAUACAGUAGGUGUUUGCCUAUUGCGGCCUGUAAGCAUUAGUGCAGUGCAUUUCGUUGCUAGAGGAUAUCCAUCCCGAGGUGUGGAUCAGGGGCUCGAGGAAAGUUGCAAUUAGGGCACGAUAGACCUCUGGAUACAUUUACGAGUAUGAUUACGUACGCGAGUAUUUAUAUGUGCAGAGGAAAGGAUGCGAGAGUGAGGAAAAAAUGGGAAAAAAAGCAAUGAAACAGAAAUACGUAAUAGACGUGUUCGAGAAACGAACGCGUGUCUGAAAUUAUUGUAAAUUACCUCCUAGGUGUAAUAAACCCAUAUGCAUAUACCGCAUAUAUAUUAUAUAUAUAAAGGUGGAUUCGAUAUAACUGACAUUGAUCGAGAUGUGAUUAUUAAACUUGUGUUGGAAUCUUAUUGGUUUCUUAUUAUUUUCGUUUUUAAAUCCUGUGUAUACUCGACGUAAUCCCGGACUAAAUCGGCCUCGUCUUUUUAAUCAGCUACUAGGUUACUACAUGUAUACGUAAUAAUUCGAUCUAAUCGUUGUUUACACCAUUUUUUUUUUUUUUUUCUUGCUUUUUGUUAAUUUUUUCGUUGUUGAUCUACGAUUACAUGGCUUGGUCUGGAGGAUCGUUUACACCAUUCCCGUAUAGAGCUGUCUAGUAUAGUUUUCACGUAAAAAAAAAACAAAUAAAAUAAAAAACGUAUUCAAGUUGAAUGAUCUAAUCGCAAAACUUCACGUGGUUUUAUUACAUAUGCGCUGUAAUUGAGUGGUGAAAACGACACCUUUCGUUCGCUAAUAGCGAGCUAGUGUACUUAUUAUCGAAAUAUUCGAGUGUUUUCGUUUUUUUCUUUUUGUUAUAUUAGUUAUCAUUAGAUUGUAAUAAUUAUAUAGAAAUUGUACACUAGGUAUAUAUUAUUAUACGUAUGGAAACGAUUGCAAUAACGCGAUGUCCCCGUGGCAAAUAACGAACUAUUAAACUACCUAAAAAAAAAUUACAGUUUAUAGAGAUUGCUUUUCGAACCUAUAAUAUAUGCCUGUAUGCCUCUUUGAAGUAUUUUUAAGGACGAAUCGCGAACAUCACACAACAAACUAACUCUACGUACUGAAACCGAAACACCCCUACAGACUAAUACUCGUACAACUACUUGCCAGCCAAGGCAGGGAAAAUUAUACAGAGAGGGAAUGAGUAAGAGAAAAAGAAAAGUAAAAUAAAAAAGUAUAUAUGCAUAUAUAUUAUAUAUAUGUAUAACUUGAUACGUACCUACCCAGUACCUAUUCGCCUCUGGCUGAAAAGCGAGGCGCGACCCUAAAUAGUAAUUUUAUUCUAGUUACGAAUGUAUACGAGUAGCUGCUAAGCAUAUAUAGAUAAAGAUAAACAAAACACACUUAAAAAAAAAAAGGAAAAAAAGGAAAUGAAAAAGAAAAGUAUUUCUAAGAGGAAUGUAAUAUUAUUAAUUAUUUAUUUUGUGGGUCUCUUAUACGAAUCUCCAUUGCUCCACUGUACUAUAUAUAUACAUAUAUAUAUAUAUACGUACGUACAUACGUAAUUAGUCGUUAGGCCGUAGGUAACUUAAUUACCUUGACGUAGUUCUAUACUUCUAAAUGUGAAAGAUUUACGUGAAGAAAAAAUCUCAUUCUUUUCCUUAUUUCGAUUACUUCAUUUUGUACUUUCGUUAUUUUUUUCACUUUGUUCUACUGAAUCGUAUGUUGAAUAUGCAUAUAUAUAUAUAUAUAUACGUUAUAUUUACCUCUUGAAUUUCAUUUUUUUUUCUUUCUCUUUUUUUACUCUCUUGUUAAUUUUGUUUUGUAACAUAAUAUACACUUUAAUUAUUUACGAUCUGAUCUAAUGUCUGUAUCCCAGCGGCCAGGGCCGCAUCUGCUUCCUGUAUUGUAUGAACUUUAGAGGCGGUUGUCGUUCUGAACGCCAUUGUAAUAUUACAUAUAAUAUAAUAACUAUUAUAAAAAUUGAAAAAAAAAAACAAAAAAAAAAAAAAACAA